AUGGAAGCCGUAUGUGUACCCCCGAAACGUUACCAGUCACAAGCAGUAUUGAAGGGCAUUACGUACCAAUAUAAAGCUAUAGGGCUUCUGACUCUGAUGGAGCCGAAACAUUCAUCUCUUACGUUCCUUGCCAGGUUAGUUACAGUUUUGUCUCCCCAUGACCGGAAUGAUAAAACUCAGUUCCCUUUUUUCUACCGGGUGCUCCCAAAAGAUGACCACCAAUACACAGGGAUUGUGAAGUUGCUCCUGCAUUUCAGAUGGACGUGGGUCAGUCUCUUUGCCCCAGAAAAUGACAACGGAGAAAAGUUCCUGAGUGCCUUGACACCUAUGCUCACCUCGAAUGGUGUUUGUGUUGCCAUCUCACAGAGAUUCCCAGAACUGAUUGUGCCUGACUUGUCAAUGACCCUCGAUUCAGCUCUCCCAUGGAAAGAAGUCAACGUAUUUGUUUACUAUGCAGAAAUCCGCUCUUUCUACAAUGGGAUAUACCUCAUAAAUAUAAUACUCAAACUGUUUAUACAGCCUAUUGACGGGAAGGUUUGGAUCACAACAGCUUUGUGGGACCUCACCUCAACAUUGUCUGACAGCAAGUUUCUCUUCCAGCACGGCCACUGGUUUUUUUCCUUCUUAAUCCAUACAAAGUAUAUUCCAAAACAUGACCAUUUCAAGCUGAGUCACGUCACUCCUUACUUGAAGAAGGCGUUCCAUUGUUUCUUUAAGAAGCACGUCUUGACUGUGAAAGAACGGGAAAGAUGUGAACAGAAAUUGCCCCUGGAUAUGCUCGCACCAGCUCUCUCCCAAGACAACUACAAUGCUUACAGGAGUAUCCAUGCCCUGGCGCAUGCCUUAAAUGCUGCAUAUUCCUCCAGAUUCAAGCGGCUUUCCAACACACCCCAAACAUUCCCCCUCGAUGUUCCUUCUCUUUAUGGUCAGCCGCUGCCCCCUUCAAGGUGUACCAGAAGCUGCCCUCCUGGGUACGUCAAAGUGAUUCAAGAAGGGAAGCCGCUUUGCUGCUAUGCGUGUGCUCUGUGUCCUGAAGGGACCAUCUCCGCUCAGGAAGAUGCCAACCACUGCACUGAAUGUUCAGAAGAUCAGUAUCCAAACAAGGAUCAAGAUCAAUGUGUGCCCAAGAUUAUCAUCUUCCUAUCCUUUAACAAAUAUUUGGGGAUUCUCUUGGCUUCUGUUGCAAUAUACUUGACCUUUACCACAGGAUUUAUUUUAGGAAUCUUCAUUAAGUACAAAGAAACUCCUAUUGUCAAAGCCAACAACCGGGACCUCUCCUACAUUCUCCUCAUCUCCCUCCUGCUUUCCUUUUUGUCCUCCUUCCUCUUCAUCGGCCGGCCAAGAAGAGCAACCUGUCUUCUCCGACAAACAGCCUUCAGCAUCAUCUUCUCUGUUGCUGUCUCUUCUGUUUUGGCAAAAACCAUCACUGUGAUUCUGGCCUUCCUGGCCACAAAGCCAGGGAACAGAGCGAGGAGAUGGCUGGGGAAAAGUCUGGCCAACUCCAUUGUCCUUUCCUGUUCCAGUGUCCAAGUUCUCCUCUGCACCAUCUGGCUGGGCAUGUCUCCUCCUUUUCCGGAGUCUGACAUGCACUCCCAGCCCCAAGAGAUCACCCUGCAGUGCAAUGAAGGAUCUGUUGCCAUGUUUUACACUGUCCUUGGCUACAUGGGCUUCCUGGCUGCCAUCUGCUUCACGGUGGCUUUCCUAGCCAGGAAGCUGCCUGGGGCCUUCAAUGAAGCCAAGCUGAUCACCUUCAGCAUGCUGGUCUUCUGCAGUGUUUGGGUGUCCUUUGUGCCCACCUACCUGAGCACCAAGGGGAAAUACAUGGUAGCCGUGCAGGUCUUCUCUAUCUUGGCCUCCAGUGCUGGGCUUCUGGGCUGCAUCUUCAUUCCCAAGUGCUACAUCAUUAUAUUGAGACCUGAUCUGAACAUGAAGGAGCAUCUGACCACAAAAAUGAAAUAAAGCAUCGGAUUUUGUAUUUUUUUUCUUUAUAUGAACUGUCAUUGAAUCUUUGUUUCAAGAAAGAUAAACAGAUAAAGAUGCCAAAAUGAUAUUCACAUUGAGAACCAGCAUGGAUAGUCAGACAUACUGCUUCUGUAGAACAUAGUUAUCAUGACUAGCAGUGACUAUUUGCUUAAUUUCCUUCUGAAGCCAUACUGUCUGUCUGUCUGUCUGU